GGAUCAAAGAUUUUGGGUGCCUUGCGUAGUUACCGCCUCCGCCUCGUCGUCUUCAAGCUCAAGGUUUUAUUUUUUAGUCUACUGCCGAAUAAAGCGAAAGUGGAAGUCUGUUACCAGCGUAGUCACGUCGGUGACGGCGAUAGAUAGAUUACUCCACUCCUCAGAACUCAGAAGCUGCAGGGCAGGUAGCCGAAUCUGCAUGAAUAGGAACCAAAAUGUUGCAGAGUAAAUCCUUCGUUAAGAAAACGAGGCACGGUAAAGUACUAAAGGUUGUUAGGGAGCACUAUCUCAGGGACGACAUCUACUGCGGGUCUUCCAUUUGCAAAGUCUGCGACUCUUCCUCUGCUCGCCUCAGUCCGAAUGGAUCCCCUCUUCUCAUUGUCGACACUAAUGUUGUUCUCAACCAGAUUGAUUUGCUCGAAAAUCCGGCAAUUGACGACGUCGUUGUUCUAUCCGUGGUGUUGGAAGAGGUCAAGAAUAAGAACAGAGCCAUUUACGACAGAGUCAGAGCCCUCUGCAACAAUUCUCUUCGGAAAUUCUUCGUUUUCUCGAAUGAGCACCACAAGGAUACAUAUGUCAAAGGCAUGGAUGGAGAAAGUCCAAAUGAUCGGAAUGAUAGAGCGAUUCGGGUGGCAGCUCAGUGGUAUCAGAGUCAUCUUGGUAGUGGAAUGAGGGUCUUGCUUAUAACUAAUGACAGGGAGAAUAAGAGAAAGGCUACCGAGGAGGGCAUUUCUGCAGAGACAGUUGAGUCAUAUGUGAAGUCCCUGGGUAAACCAGAUUUGCUGGAUCUUCUUGUGAGGCCUGUCUCUCAAGAUGUAGACAUGGAGACUGUUGAAGAUUUGAGACCAUCAAAGAGGAAAGUCAUAUAUAUUGAGCAUAAGCCUAUUUCUGAGAUUACAUCUGGCUUGCUCUGUGGAAUUUAUCAUCAAGGAAAACUUCGUGUUAACCGUUAUAAUCCUUUUGAAGCAUAUGUUGGAAGUGAGAGCAUUGGAGAUGAAAUAAUUAUAUAUGGACGUGGUAACAUGAACAGAGCUUUUGAUGGAGAUGUUGUGGCUGUGGAACUUUUGCCACAAGACCAAUGGCACGAGGAAAAGUCUUUAUCUAUAGCAGAUGAAGAGGAUGAGGAGGAAGAGGAUGUUCAUUUAGCUCCAAGCAGUGCUGAUGAUGCACCUAGAAAUACAAAUCUAGUGCAAGGGGGCUCUAGAGAGACAAAUCCUGUCUCAUGUCGUCCAUCUGGUCGUGUGGUUGGUGUUAUAAAGCGGAACUGGCACUCUUAUUGUGGGUCUUUGGAGCCAAUGCCUUUGCCUGCAGGUAAUGGUGGUGUUGCACAUGCUUUAUUUGUCUCCAAAGAUCGCAGAAUUCCUAAGAUUCGGAUACAAACUCGACAGCUUGGGAAUCUUCUGGACAAGAGAAUUAUUGUGGCUGUUGAUUCUUGGGAUUGUCAAUCUCGCUAUCCUUCAGGCCAUUAUGUGCGAACCGUAGGACAAAUAGGUGAUAGAGAAACUGAAAGUGAGGUGGUUUUGAUAGAGAAUGAUAUAAACUCUAGACCAUUUUCUUCUCAAGUAUUGGCAUGCUUGCCUCCAUUGCCAUGGUCUGUGUCUUCUGAAGAUCUGGCAAGUCCCAUUAGGCAAGAUUUGCGACAUUUGCAUGUUUUUAGUGUGGAUCCUCCCGGAUGCAAGGAUAUUGAUGAUGCACUGCACUGUACGGCUCUUCCAAAUGGAAAUUUUGAAGUAGGAGUUCAUAUUGCUGAUGUAACGAAUUUUGUUCAUCCGGGCACUCCCCUUGAUGACGAAGCAGCACAGAGGGGCACUUCUGUUUACCUUGUUGAGCGCCGAAUCGAUAUGCUUCCAAAACCUCUAACAGAAGAUAUAUGUUCUCUUCGAUCUGAUGUAGAGAGGCUAGCAUUCUCAGUUGUUUGGGAAAUGACACCUGAAGCAGAGAUUAUUUCUACAAGAUAUACCAAAAGUAUCAUUAAAUCUUGUGCAGCAUUGUCUUAUAUUGAAGCUCAAGCUAGGAUGGAUGAUAGCCGGUUGAUGGAUCCACUGACCAUAGAUUUGCGAAAUAUGAAUGCUUUAGCAAAGAUAAUGAGGCUUAGGCGUAUUGACAGAGGAGCCUUAACUCUUGCUUCUGCUGAAGUCAAGUUUGAAAUAGACACUGAGACUCACGAUCUUCUUGAUAUUGGUAUGUACCAAAUUCGAGAAGCAAACCAAAUGGUUGAGGAGUUUAUGCUUGCUGCUAAUGUUUCAGUUGCAGAAAAAAUCCUGAAACAUUAUCCCUUAUGCUCAUUGCUAAGGCGCCAUCCUAGCCCAACCCGAGAGAUGCUUGAGCCUCUGCUGCAAACAGCUACUGCUGUUGGACUCAACUUGGAUAUCUCAUCAUCAAAAUCCCUGGCUGAUUCGCUUGACAAUGCUGUGGGUGAUGAUCCGUACUUCAAUAAGAUGAUUCGGAUACUAGCAACCAGAUGCAUGACACAGGCAGUUUACUUCUGUAGUGGGGAUCUCAGUCCCCCAGAAUUUCAUCAUUAUGGGCUUGCUUCACCUCUCUAUACUCAUUUUACCUCUCCUAUACGGAGAUAUGCAGAUGUCAUUGUACAUAGGCUGCUUGCUGCAUCUUUAGGGAUAUACAAGCUUCCAGCAAUUUUCCAAGACAGACCCCAACUCACAAAUAUUGCUGAUAAUUUGAAUUAUCGGCAUAGGAAUGCUCAGAUGGCAAGCAGAUCUUCAGUAGAGCUCCAUACGGUGAUCCAUUUCAGAAAUCGGCCGACAGACACAGAGGCCAGAAUAGUAAAGAUAAGAUCAAAUGGUUUUAUUGUCUUUGUGCCCAAGUUUGGCAUUGAAGGGCCUGUGUACUUGGCAGCCAGAACUGAGAAUGCGGGUGGAGAAUGGGUGGUAGAUGAGCAACAGCAGAAGGUUAAGAAAAGGGAUGGUAGCAUUUUUUACGGAGUCUUGCAGAUGGUGAGGAUUCACAUGGAGGUUGUGGAGCCCCAGCCCAAUCGCCCCAAGCUCCAACUCACCCUCAUCUAGAACACAUGUAUAAUAUGUUUGUAUGAAUGGGAAUGGGAAUGGUGUGAUUAUUUAGGCCUCGUGAACAUGUGUUGCCUUUUAUAAAGAGAAAAAGGUGUCCAUGUGGGAGUAAGCGACAGGCAGAAAUGCUUUUUUCAAAUUCGAUUUAAGCCUUUAUUUCUGGACAGCUUUUUAUUUUAGUUUUACCAUUUUAUUAUUUGUUUUGAGGUUUGAAAUUUUGUUUGUUUGAAUUUCUAUUCUGCAUAUUGAUCAUUAGUCUGCCCUGUUUAA